AUGGACGACGAGCAGCCCCAAGCGUCCGAAGAGGCGACGGCGGCCGCGGCCCGGCGCUGCUUCGGCGGGGUGGCGGCGCCCGUUCCGCGGGAGGCGCCGGCCGACUCUCCGCCCGCGCCGCCGCCGCCCGGCGAGGUCCGCGUCGUGCCGGUCCGCGUCGUCGUCCCGUGCGGGUGGGCGCCGCCCGAGCCGGAGCCGACGCCGGAACCCGAGGACGGCGGUGCGCCGGAGCAGGCCGCCGAGCCGCCGCCGCCGCCGCCGCUCGAGGCGCGCGUGCGCGUCUCCGGCGCAAAGGGCGACGGCGCGCCGUUCCUGGGCCCGGCGACGUCGCGUUGGGUCCCCGCGGCCUGGGCACCCGGGCGGCACGAGGUGGACUUCGCCGGCCUCGCCGUGCCGAGCGCGCCGUUGGCGCAGGACGCGGCGACGGCGACCGCCCUCUUUGAAGCGACCGUCGACGUGCGCGUGGAGACGCGCGAGGGCGAGGGCGCCGCCGUCGUCGACCUCGGCGCGUGCCGGUUGCGCGUUCGCGACGUCGUCGACGCCGCCACGCUCGGCAGGCCGCGCGUCGAGUACGAGAAGCCGCUCGUCGCCGACCCAAGCGCCGCCGGCGGGGGCGAUGCCGACGCCGCCGCCGGGCCGGUGCUCGGUGUCGCGCUCGCCGUCGACGACGAGCUCGCGGACUACCUCGACGGGUCUCGCGUGCUGACGCUCCGGGCGUCCCUGUCGAACCCGCCGGCGGGCUGGGCGCCGGCCGGCGAGCUGGACGCGGCGUCAGAGGCCGCGCUCGCGGCGUGUCGUUUCGCCCUGCGCCUCGCCGGCGGGGCGCCGGCGCCGCCGGCCGUCGACCUCGGGACCGCGGCGCUCGCGCGCGACGCGGCGCCGGCCGCUCCGGCCGACGACCCUGCGGUCGCCGGCGAACCCGAGGACGCCGGUGGAGAGCCGCCCGACGUCGCGCCGGUCGGCGUCCGCGCGGCGUGGGCCGAAGCGACGGCGUUCCUGCCGCGCGACGCGUGCGAGGCGUUCGCGGCGGCGGCGGGCGACGCGCCGACCCUCGACUUCGCCGUGUCGCUCGCCGGCGCCGACGGCGGCGCAGGAGCGGGGCCGGCCGACGACGGCCCCGCGGCGGACGACGCCGCGCCGGAGGCCGCGGAGCCCGCGGUCGACGCCACGGCGACGCUGGACGUGGCGGGAUUCUACGGUGGCGCAGAGGGGGUCACGGCGGUCGUCGAGGCGCGCGUCGUCGCGCCGGCGCCCGAGCCGGUCCUCGCGCCGGCGACCGCGCCGGCUGAGGCGGAGCUCGCGUCUGCUGCUGACGACGACGACGACGACGACGCGGCGUUCCUUGGCGACGCCGCCGCCGCGGACGAGGAGGCGGACGCGGACGCCGCGCCCGAGGCGCCGCCGCUCGCCUCGCGGCUCGACGCCGCCGGAACGCGGCUCGCGGUCGCCUUGACGCUGUCGGCGCCGCUCCGGGGCGGAAUAACCGCGCCACCGCCGGAGACGCCGUACGGCGACGUCGUGGCGCAGCUCGAACCGCACGCCGUCGCGGGCGCGCCGAAGACGCGCGACGUCCGCAACGAAUUCCGCGACGCGGUCGGCGACGUGGUCGCGGAGCUCGCCGAGGAAAUGGCCAGGAUCGUCGUCGCGCGCGAUCCGACGGGCGGCGCGUCGGUCGACGGCGCCGACGAGCGGACGUGGCUCUACGCGCUCAACACGGGCCGCGUCGACCCCGACGCGCCGCGCGCGCCGGGCCCCGAGGCCGGGCCGUACCACGCCUUCAAGGAGCGCCUCAAGCCGUGCGUCCAGCGCGUCGUGCGCGCGCGCGCCGCAAGGCCGCCGCCGGCGCCGGGCCAGAACGCUGACUGGCGCGAGGUCGGCGCCUACGACCGGUUCGUGGCGGCGGCCUACGAGGACCUGCUUGGCCUCGCGACGACGGUCCUCAACCGCCGCUUCCGCGACGCCGAGUCGGCGCAGGAGCCGCCGGCGACGCCGUCGCCGUUCGCGCCGGACGGCGACGGCGCCGACGCGCCGUCGACCGACCUCGCCGAGACCAUGGCGCGCGACGCGGACCGGACGCUCCGGACCUUCGCGGCGCGAGCGGCCGACGCCGAGGCCGAGGGCGACGCGGCCGCGUGCGCGCGGCUCCUCGACGAAGCCUUCGCGGCCGUCAAGGCCAAGGUGCUGAGCGCCUGGGACGCCAAGGUGCUGACGCCGGUCCUGCACGCGGCAGCGCGCGCCAAGGCGUUUGCCCUGGCGCGCUGCGCCGGCAGGCGCCUCGCGGGCGCGACGGCGUCCGACGCGGCGGCGGCGUGCCGCGCCGCGCUCGAGCUCGAGAGCGGCGACGCGGAGACGCAGGUCCUGUACGCCGCGGCGCUGCUCGAGCGCGGCGACGCGGCGGCGAGCGCCGGCGUCCUCGCGAGCGCGACGGCCACCGCGCGCGGCGCCGUCGGCCUCCGCGCGCGGCUCCUGCGCGCGCUCGUCCUCGCCGAGGCCGGCCCGCGCUUCGAGCCGGCGGCGCGACGCGCCGUCGACGCCGCGCCCGCCACGGCGGGCUGGGCGCCGCCGCCGGGCUACGCGGAGGGGCCGAGGCGGCGCUCCGCGCUCCUCCUGGACCUGGCGGAGUGGCUCGACGCCCACGGCCUGCCGGGCUGCGUCGGCAAGGCGCUGGGCGCGCACGCGGCCGCCGACGCGCGCGCGGCGGCGUGCGCGACGCGCGCCGGCGACCUCUUUGCCGCGCGGACGCCGGCGGACGAGUGCGCCCGCCGCUGGGCGCUCGACGCGCGCGCCGCGACCGACGCCGGCGACGCGCCGGGCGCGACCGCCGCGGCGAUGCGCGCCUGCGCCGCGGGCGCCGAUGCGGCGGCGCCGUGGCUCGCGCUCGGCGCCGCCGCCGCCGCGCGGGGCGACGGGGAGCGCGAGGGCGCGGCGCUGGCGAGCGCGCUCGCGAUCCUGCAGCACCCGGCCCACCCCGACCCGCCGCCGCUCUGGCUCUUCCUGCGCGUCGCGGACCUCUGCGCCGCGACGGGCAAGACGGACUACGCGCGGGACGUCGCCCUCGCCGCGUGCGACCGGCACGCGACGCGCGCGGCCGCGUGGCGCGGCGCGGCGCGCGCGCUCCUCGCCGACGGCAACCCCAAAGACGCCGAGACGGCGCUCGAGGAGGCCAACGUCCUCGACCCGGCGUCGGCGGCGUGCUGGGGCUACCUCGCGCUGGCGAACCUGCAGCAGUACGACCUCGGCGACGACGCGAGGGUGGACCGCGCGGCGGCGUGCGUCGAGCACGCGACGCAGCUGGGACUCGCCGACGGCAACCUGCUGACGGACGUCGGCGUGGCCUUCGCCGCCGUCGACCGGCUCACCGUCGCCGUCGAUGUGCUGCGGCGCGCCGUCGCGCUGCCGUUCGGCGGGUUCACAAAGCACGCGAGGCUCGCGCUCGCGCGCGCGUACGCCAAGGGGAGACGCCACGUCGAGGCCACCGACGAGUACGCCACGCUCCUCGCCGUCGCCGGCGACGCCGAGGCCGGCGUCCUCCGGGCCGAGAUGGAGCCCAUCCUGAAGGUCCUCGGGAAGCUCGACGACGACGAGGCCCCGUAGCGCCCAGGCGAGAGUCCCGGGGUCGCUAAGUGCGUACUUUUGAAUCGGAACAGACCCUCGGAC